AUGCCGCCGAAAUUGGACCCAUCUCAAAUCGUCGACGUCUACGUCCGCGUCACCGGAGGUGAGGUCGGGGCAGCGAGUUCACUCGCUCCCAAGAUCGGUCCUCUAGGUCUAGCGCCGAAGAAGAUCGGAGAAGACAUCGCCAAGGAGACGGCGAAAGAAUGGAAAGGCCUGAGAGUCACCGUGAAGCUGACAGUCCAGAAUCGUCAGGCUAAGGUCACCGUGGUUCCUUCCGCGGCGGCUCUGGUCAUCAAGGCGCUCAAGGAGCCGGAGAGAGACCGUAAGAAGGUGAAGAACAUCAAACACAACGGGAACAUCUCUUUCGACGACGUUAUCGAGAUUGCCAAAAUCAUGCGUCCAAGAUCCAUCGCCAAGGAAUUGAGCGGAACGGUGAGGGAAAUCUUAGGAACCUGCGUCUCCGUUGGCUGCACGGUCGAUGGCAGAGACCCCAAGGAUCUUCAGGAAGAAAUCGUUAAUGGAGACAUUGCUGUUCCUAACGAGUAA